AUGGCGACACUCAUCACUCUCGCAACAUGCUCCCUCAACCAAUGGGCGUUGGACUGGGAGGGCAAUCUUGGUCGAAUUAAAGCUAGCAUUCUGAAGGCCAAAGAGGCCGGCGCUACGUUGCGAACGGGUCCAGAGCUGGAAGUAAGUGGCUAUGGUUGUCUCGACCACUACCUUGAAUCUGAUAUCUACGAUCAUUCUAUGGACAUGCUAUUCAGUAUCCUGACCGACUCCUCGCUCCACGGCAUCCUUAUUGACGUGGGGUUACCGAUCAUGCACAGGGGCUGUCGAUACAACAGUCGUGCGAUCAUCCUUGAUGGGAAGCUCCUGUGCCUCCGUCCUAAGAUCUACCUUGCUAACGACGGGAAUUUUCGAGAAAACCGAUUUUUCACUCCAUGGAGCAGGCCAAGACAUGUUGAGAAAUACAGUCUUCCGCCUCGGAUCCAGCAACAUCAGGGAACACGUCAGGUCCCCAUAGGCGACGUUAUCCUGUCCCUCAAUGAUACGUCUCUUGCGGCGGAGACCUGUGAGGAACUCUUCACACCUCAAGCACCACAUAUCAACAUGGGCCUGAACGGCGUUGAGAUAUUCACGAACAGUUCCGGGUCGCAUCAUAGCUUGCGGAAGCUCAAUGAACGAAUAGCCUUGAUCCAGGAAGCCACCCGCAAAAAUGGCGGCAUCUACCUCUACGCAAAUCAAUCAGGUUGCGAUGGCGACCGUCUACUCUACGAUGGUUGCUCAAUGAUAAUGGUCAAUGGCGAAAUUGUCUCACAAGGCUCGCAGUUUAGCUUGGAUGAUGUUGAAGUGGUAACGGCAACGGUUGAUCUCGAGGAAGUGCGGGCUUACCGCUUCGCACCAUCUCGCGGUUUCCAAGCCGCGCAAGCGCCAACAUACGAGAGAAUCGAGGUCGACUUUACUCUGUCCCAUGAUAAUAUCGGUAUCCCUGAAAUGCCGACGCCUGCCAGGCCGCCACGGUAUCACCUCCCGGAGGAGGAAAUUGCUCUUGGUCCAGCGUGCUGGCUCUGGGAUUAUCUGCGACGAAGCAAGGCCGCAGGCUAUCUGGUACCUCUCUCGGGAGGCAUCGAUUCGUGCGCGACAGCCACCAUCGUGUAUAGUAUGUGCCGACUCGUGGUUCAGGCCAUCAAAAAUGGCAACAGAGAAGUAAUUGCAGACGUCCAAAGAAUCGCCGCUUUCUCCAAAAAGCUGCCCGAUACCCCAGAGGAGUUCUGUAACCAGAUCUUCCAUACGAUCUAUAUGGGCAUGGCAAAUCAAAGUAGCAAGGAGACCCGACAGCGCGCCAAGGAUCUGGCAAGUCGUAUUGGCAGCUAUCACACAGAUAUGAAUAUCGACGAUACCUUCCACGCCACCAAGAACUUGCUCACGCAGGGUACGGGAUUUGAGCCCCAGUUUAAGGUUCAUGGAGGAUCAAUUACGGAGAACUUGGCUUUGCAAAACAUCCAGGCCCGCAGCCGCAUGGUCAUCGCCUACUACUACGCACAGAUGCUGCCGACAGUUCGACAACGGCCAGGAGGAGGCAGUCUGCUUGUCCUUGGAUCUAGCAAUGUUGAUGAGUGCCUUCGAGGAUAUCUCACUAAGUACGACUGCAGCUCUGCUGACAUUAACCCCAUUGGAUCCAUCAGCAAAACGGACCUUAAGGGUUUCAUUGCUUGGGCCAGCAAGAGCUUUGACAUGCCCGUCCUGGAGGAAUUCAUUCAUGCUAUUCCUACGGCCGAACUUGAACCUAUCACUGAGAACUAUGUCCAAAGUGACGAAGCCGAUAUGGGUAUGACCUAUGCCGAACUAUCUCGCUUCGGAACGCUACGCAAGCAACAUAAGCUCGGGCCGUACAGUAUGUUCUUGAGACUGCUUAACGAGUGGGGCGGUAGCGACAAGCUAAGCCCGCGCGAGAUCGCCGACAAGGUGAAGCGAUUCCAUCACUAUCACUAUAUCAACCGGCACAAGCAGACAGUAGCCACGCCGGCCUACCAUGCGGAAAGCUAUAGUCCUGAUGACCACCGAUUCGAUUUACGUCCUUUUGUGUACCCACCGGCCUUCGAGAGCUGGUCCUUCAAGAAGAUUGAUGAGAGGGUGGCGUCUUUGGAGAAGGCUCUAGGGCGGAAGUAG